AUGACGGCUGGUGACGGGCCUGAGCGUAUUGAUUCGACCACUAUGGCAAAACCAACAGAUGAGAUCGAGCCUGCCAAUUCGACAAUAAUGGAGCCUGAUGAAGUGGAUGACGAAAUCCUUACCGUGAAUCCGUUCAAGGGAGAGAGCGACGGAGAAGGGUAUAAGGGAGGGUCGACGGGUUAUGAAAGAAAUCUUGAUAUCCGAGCGAUGUACAUCCUGUGGAGCGAGAAUACUCCACAUGGGCAGAUGCGACGACUGCAGUAUAUGUACGCCGUGUGGGCAGCAGAUGUCUCGGGAUGGAAAAUGCCAAGUAGUCCGAUUCCUGACUCCGCUCUCGAAUCCAGAGCUAUGGACGUGCCAGGCCAUCGACAUGAUCAAAUCAAUCCGAACGAUGAGUUAGGGAAGCACCAGUCUCGACCAGAUGCGAUCAACUCAAAGCCCGAGGGAGAAAAAGCUGAAGUUGACAAAUUGGAGUGUGCCGCCAGCUCUUUGUUGACUAUGCCAGCUACCGAAGAGCCAGAGAACGAGCACGCAGUUGCCAUGUGGUGUUACGACAGAACAAGAAGGCUGGCCAACUACAGGACAGGAAGGAGGGAGGUCGCAUGA